AUGGAGAAAACUGUUACACGUGCACUGCACUCGAUCGAUGAAUUGAUGAAAGACUUGUCAGAAUAUGAAAAUAUUGAAAGUUCGGAAUUGAACAAGGCUCAAAUUCUUUUUAAACAGCUACUUGAUUCAGAUUCACCUAUAAAUGGUAUGACUCAAUUAUUUUGCCGACAGUUAGAUCGAUUAAUGGAUUGUAAUAAAUCAUUGCCACAGCAAUUUUGGAUUAGUUUGUCCGACGAUAUUAUUUAUGUAAUAGAAAUGCAAAAUGAUGGACAACGUACAGGUAAUACUAAAACACAUUUUCUUGAAAGGAUGAGUUUGGAAGAAAAAUUAGUACAACGUGAACGUAAAUUCAAACAGACUUUUGGAGAGCAAAAGCCUUUAAAAGAGCUGUUUCGUGAAUAUCAAACAUUCUUCGAAGAAUAUCUUCACAACUGUAUUCUAUUUCAUUCAAAAAUACAUGUGCAAGGUUUGGUAAAAGAUUUAGAUAGUUUUCUUUAUGAUGGUUAUGGAUUAAUAGAACGUUCGUCUAUACGAACUAAUCGAAGAAACUUGGAAGAAAAAUUAAAUUGUAUUGCGAUACCACUCGAUUGCUCCAGUAGAUUCUUAGAAAACAUAAAUGAUGAAAUGCGUAAAUAUGCUGACUCACACGAAAGAACUAAUAGCGAAUUCAGUAACUUUAUACCUUCUGCCGAAUCACGAUUCAAUCAAUUUGGCAGCUCGACAACAUUUUUAAAAGUGUUGCAAUCUGAACGGUGGCUCGUUAUUUUAGGUGAUCCAGGAAGUGCUAAAACUAGUCUUCUCAGAUGGAUCACAUGGUUCUUUGCUGAAACAGCUUAUUCUCAUAAAGAACAGGUAACUCUAGAAGGACAAAAUCAUACUCUGGUUCGCAUUCCAAUUUUGAUUCGAAUCGGAGAGUUUACAAUAUGGCUUGAGCAGCAUCGAAACAAAACGUUAAUGGAUUAUAUUGGGAAACACACGUGGUUUUCUCAACCUUAUACUCGCGAUGACAGUGGAAUUGUUCUGAAAAAAUUGAUAGCACAUGGUUACGCUAUAAUUCUCAUCGAUGGACUAGAUGAGAUUCUCGAAGUUGGACAAAGAAAAACUAUUGUAAAUCUUGUUCAAAAAUUCAUCGAUGAAUAUGUAGUGGGAUCUGAUUUUAUAUCCACGUUAGAUGAGCCACUCUUUAAUAAUUCAUCGGAAUAUAAUUAUAUGGAUCUCAUUGAAACGCAGCCACCAAGUAUAUGCUAUGGUAAUCAAGUAGUUGUCACAAGUCGUAUUGUCGGCUACCAUGUUUAUCCGCUUAAUGGUUCAUUCAUCCGUCAUUAUUUAUUAUCUCUGAUAGAUCAUGAACAUGGAAAAGAAUUUGUAAACAAAUGGAUGAUUCAAGUUAAGCAAAGCAUAAGCGAUGUUUUGAGAAAUGAAGGAAUUAAAAUUGAUGGAGAAAAAAUAGAAAAUGCCUCUAAAAAGAGAGAAAAUACUGUACAGAAACUAUUUGAGAAUAGUUCAGAAUUAUUAGUAUCAAAUCCUUCAUUAUUAUCAUUGAUAUGCACACUUAUUUUUCAAUCACCUGAUGAAAUUCAAUUCAAAUCUCGAGUACAAGUAUACACUUAUGCUGUUCAAGCAGCAUUUGAUGAACGGAAAUGUAAAGAAUCAGACAUUCUAAAAAACUUAUUAAUUAAAUUUCUCGUAAAUCUAGCCACUUAUCUUCAUUUGCAAUCGCCAUCUGGUCUCAUAGAUGCAUUUGAUAUGGAACAUCUCUGCUGCUUGACUUUACGCCAACAAAAAUUUUCGAACAACCGUAAACAAUUAAAUGAAAUGGCUAAUAAACUGAUCACUUUGUUAAAGUCUAACAACGGUAUCGUUGAUGAACAAGGUUUACAAAUAUAUGGUUUUCUCCAUUUACCGUUUCAAGAAUAUUUUGUAUCACAAUGUAUUAUAAAAGAUUAUUCAUCCAUAGAAGACGUAGUAGGACGUGUUCGUACACUCCUUAUCAAUCCUCGUUUUCGUGAGUCACUUCUGAUGAGUCUUGGUUGGAUCAGUUGGAAAUGGUCAUUGAGUGAUUAUGAUCGAUUCUGUAAUUUAUUAAUUACUUCAAAUAGAGAUUAUGCAAUUCCAUAUGGAACACUACUUUUAUUCGAUGCUAUUAAUGACAUGCAAAGGUUACCUUCAAAUUCAGUCAUUUUUACUGCACUUAAUAGUUUGUUAGAUUACCGUCAUAAUAUCAUUGCAGGUGUAUAUUUUAUACAAAAUUUACUUACAUUACAGGAAAAUAUUAUAAUAGAAUGGAUGCAAUUACAUUUGAACGAUGAAAAACGUCUUUCAAACUUUUGUAAAUGUUUAUAUAGAACAAUUAGUCGAUCCUCUAAUAUACAUAACAUGAAUUCAAAAUCAAAAAUAUUAUUAAUCUAUCAACAACUGUUGUCAUUUUAUAACGUAAAUCCAUCAAGCGAAUUCAUUAUUGAUCAAAUUUUUCGAAAAACAAUACGUUCGGAAAAUGUACCUAAUGAGAUUUUGAAUAACGAACUAUCUUCGUAUUUUUUCUCAAACAAUAUUUGUGGAUCUAAUAUUCAUCCACUGAUACUUUCUCUAAUUAUAUUGGUAUGUGGUGGAAUAGAUUUUGAUUCUAAAAACUAUUUAGUAAAAAUUCAUUUUUCGCCUAAACAUAUGCAUCGUACAUCAUCAAUUAUACCACCAAUCAUCGAAUACUUUAUUAAUAAUAAAGAAUCUCAUUCAACCAGACUUCAAAUAUUAAUCGAACAAUAUGAAAGUGUUCUUGAAAACGCUUCACCAUCAGAUACUUCGAUUGAUAUUGUUGACACUUUAACUGCAUUACUCUGUCUGAAAGGACUUUCGAAAUCAUUCACGUAUCUAAGAUAUCGUCGAUAUGAAGCACUAUCACUUGCACUUGAUAGAUUAAAAAGAACUUGGUUUUACUUAAAACAACCAUUCCAAAUUAAAGAUUUGAAAUAUGAUACUGUCGACACAUCUUCGAUUAUAAAAUCUGAUGUUCAAUCAAUUAUAAAGGCAUUUCUUUCACAAAGUUCUCUAUCUGAUGGGGAACGCAUAGAGUUUUCAUUAGCAUGUUUAGCUACAUUAAAUAAACUUUGCAUUGAAUGUCCAUUCGAUCCCUUGCCAUUCGACUUACACCUUACCAACAAUGCCAGUGAAUAUUUAAAAUAUCAUCUAGAGGUAAGCCGCUCUGCUAGGAACAAAAAAUAUUCGAAUACUAAUAAUAUUCAUCCUAUGCAAAUGUUCCGACAAGAACCAUUUUUUUUGCUUACGUUUGUACCACAAUCUUUGCAACAACUUUACUAUUGGUUGAUUAUUAAUGCAGAUAAUGAAACUGGUUCGUCGUUUUUGGUUGUAUUAUUAUCACAAUGCUUGAUGUUCUUAGAAAAUAUCCGUAAUUAUGAUCGAAACUUUGAUCUUGCUUCAUCAAUGUUACAAUCAGAACUUAAACAAUACAUGUUGGAGAAUUACGCCAUAAUGUUACAUUAUGAGUUCCCUGUUAAUCAGUUAGAAGACUAUGAUAUAUACAUCAAAAUCGAACGCCAACGCUUUUAUAAUGCAUCAACUAUUCCGGAAAAGCAAAAGAAAGAUUUGCAAUUCUUUGCCGCAUCGAUCUCUCUCGCUCAAAUUCUUCGAUCUCGUGUAAAUCAAUUUAGUGGACACAUGACUCUCUCGAUCGCUGAGAGUGAAGAAGUGCGUUUAGCAGUAAUGAAUAUAUAUAAUCCAAUUCUACGAAUUAUCGCUUUGAGCAUGAUAUUAGAUAUGAGAAAACCUAUGAUCUUUGAUGAAAUCCAAACAGAUGCAUUACAACUAGAAAUGAUUACUUUUUUACAGUCUAUUUUACCAGAUCUUUCAUUACUAACGUCGACUCUUUUGUUUAUUCGAUGUUACACAGCGCGGCAAGUCUUGCAAGAGCCAUUUCGUCAGAUGGCUAAUGUAAUCGGCAGAAAAUUAAGUGAAACUGCUGUGAACGAAGGAAGUCAAGCUCAAGAAGCAGUAUUUAUUGCAUUACAGCAAUUGAAUAACCCAGAUCUUUCACAUUAUUUAUCAGAGUUCGUUAUACGCACAACAGCGAACUUGUCUGAUCUUCUUCAAUUCAAUUCAUCCGUAUUGUUUCGAUACUUUACUAAUAGAACAUAUGAUACAGAAAAUUCUGUUCUCCUAUCGAUUAUGUAUAUAACUGAGUUAGCUUUCGAUGCUCGAAAUUUACAGAUGGAUAUUGAGAAUAAUUGUAAAGAUAAAAUGUGGUCUAUGAAACAGUGGAAGCAAUUAUUGAAUAUAUCAUCAGCUGGUCGAAAUCGAAUGACUUCUAAAAUGGCAACAUGGAUUACGACCUAUUUGCAAACGUCAAAUAAAGGAGACAUGCACACCAUCAUCGAAGAUGUAUCUCAAUGCUUGAUGAUCGAAAGAAAUGCUUUAUCAGUAAUUGAGAAAUGGCUUGGUUAUCGAACAGAUAAAUAUUUGACAUUUUUCGCACACUAUGCUGUGUUGCAGUUGCUCAUUGAAGGUUCAAAUAUUCCUAAUUUGAUUAAUGAUGUUACCGAAAUAUGUAACCUUGACAAAAAAUAUCGUUUCAUACCUCUUGUACAACGUUUGUGCAAGUCAGAACUAAUCGAUACAACUAUUCUUUGUCAAAUCUUGAUUCUAUUAAACCAAAAUACUCAUUAUUCUUUGAAAAUUCAUGUCUGUAUUAAUCGCAAAGAAACUCUUCAAUUAAUUCUUUGUUUGGAAUUUGAACGAAUCAUCCUCAAUACGUAUAGAUCAUCUGAAUUCUUAACGAAUCCAUUUUUAUCAAUGAUCGAUUUUAGUUCACAUGAUUUGCAACGUUAUCUUGUACAGCAUCUUCAUAAAUUUACUAAUAGACAAAAUGAAGUUCGAUAUACUUCUAAGAUAGAAUAUGUCGCCGUUCUUGUCAAAUGGACUAUUCAGAAUGGAAUUAGAAAUAAUAUGGAAGAAAAUUUUUUACAAGAAACCACAAUAAAAAUGAAUAAUUCUUCACUUAUUCUGGAACGAAGUACAGAUAUCGAUGAUAAUGAUAGUCUGCAAAAACCUAAUAUCUAUCUUGAUUAUUUACCACAUUCCGAAUUAAUUCCAAAGCAAGCACAUGCUUCUUUCGAAGAAAUUCGAAAGAAUCUAUCACGUACAAUUCAAGUUAGUGAAUUUCAACCAGGUUUUACUCUAUGGACAAGAAAAUUGAAAGAAUUCAUGUCACUCUAUGGAUUCUAUUUUACUAAAAUCAACCAUGUCAAACUUAUCAAAUUCUAUUUAUCUAUCAUCUCUACAACUGAUAUAAGCUAUUCAGUUGCACAAAUCUGUUUUGAAUUGCUUAUGGAUCUGUUAAAACAUAUUGAAUUGAUUCAACGAAAUGAUCUAACUAUUGACUGGCAAAUAUUCUAUCGAUGGUUAAAAGUUGCUAAAGAUUAUCAACUAAAAAGUUAUUUCAUGGUGAAAAUACCCAAGGAUUUUGAAUUAUCAAUUGUUAAAUGUACACAAUGUGCGUCACCAUACUUUUCAUCUACGGCUACUCAAGAAAUUCUUGAUGAAAUUCGCCCACAAUUAUAUCCUUCCGAUCUAACUUCUAUGUGUAAUGCAAUGCAAAUAUUUGAUUAUUUUCUACCCCUUCAUCUACCACCACAUUUACACGAACAAGGAUUUAAAUUAUGGUUUUCAGAAUUUUUUGAUAUUUGGGAGAAUAUUAAUAAUGAAACUGUUUGGGAAUUAUAUUUGGUAAAUAUUUUUUCUCAACUGGCUUGGUACAAUAUAGGCUACAUUGAUUGGACUCAAUGGUUAAAUAAGAUUUUUACACACUUUCUACGAGGUUUUUCAUUGCCGAUUGGUCAAGCACAAAAAACGACCAAGAAAUUUAUCUAUCCAAUGGCAGAUGUUACACAAUGGAUUGUUGCCAUGAUUGGUAAUGGAAAUUUAUGUCUUCAACAUUUACAAGAUCUACUCAUGGCUAUUCGAAGUUUUUAUUAUCCAUCAAAUACAGGAUAUUUUCAAAAACAACUUGUCGAAUUUCUUUUUAAUCUUACUCUACAAUUUGUUAAUCGAGUUCAUUUAGAACGUCAAACUCGUUCGAUCUGGUUCUUUGUACCUCCUCAAUCGCAUCGACUCACUGAACAGGAUAUUACAGAUUUUGUUAAUUGUAUCAAAGAAUAUGCAUUUAUGUCCAUAUUUAAUAAAGACUAUUCGGAAAAAGCAGCUGAAGUUUGUCAAUUUCUGUCUAUACUACGACCAGAAUUAAUCGUACCAUCCAUUGUUGACAAGCUCUUCACAUCAAUUGAUGAUAUCGUUGAAGCACAUCGUUUUACAUCGUUGAUGUUUUGUGUAACACGUAUAAGUCGUCAAUUAGUACGACAGACACAUUCGUAUUCUCAUGGACAAACUUAUGUUGUACCAUUACUAUUGUCUGUAUUACCCGGUAUUGAUUUCAAUGAUAUUGAUAAAACAUCAGUAACAAUAGAUUUUCUCGACACUAUUCUCAUGCUUAUUACAUGUGUUGAUUGUUCAUCAGCAUUACAAGUACGAAAUGAUCUUACUGAGAUUGAAAGGGAAGUUUGUCUAUCGACGGCAAUGUUUGAAGAUUUUGUCACAAGAUUUCUUGAUGAGGUUUUUGAAAUAAUCGAUAGUUUAUCAACGGAUUAUAUGGAUGUACCAAAUAUUAAUGAACAUCCAACCGAAUAUGAUAUAUUUCAAAAGAAAUUAAUAUCAAUUAUCACUAGUAUUGUUCAUCAGUGUAGUAGUAACAUCUUUCGAAUUGUUCGAGAGAAGAUAGUCAGUUUUGUCACCGGUUCAAUUUUUACAUUGAAAGUAAGACCAUUAGUUGUUGGUCUUGUUCGAGCAAUUGUUAAAUGUCAUCCUGAAGACACUCUAAAAUAUCUAUUACCACAAACAUGUCAAAACAUCGAAAAGUUCUUUGAUAAAACUGAAAGAAAUAUAAUGAAUGAUCACAAAGGUGAUCAAGAAUUAACUUGGAAUUUAUGUCUAUUUGCUGAACUUGUUCAAGCUUGUGGUGAUACCUUAUUGAUGUACAAAGAAAUGAUUUUAACUUGCUUUCAUACUUGUAUUCAUAUUCUUCACGUUGAUUCUUAUAAGACUGUUGCUCUUGCAAUCAAACAUUUACUUCAAUCACUUCUAAAUAUUUAUCCAAUUGAAUAUGGGCGAAUUAUAAAAAAUCUCGAUGAAUCAUUUGUGAAUUCUUUACCUAUUCGAACAUGGGGAGAAAAUGCUGAUCAUGAUCAACUUCAAGUUCAUUAUCAUAUUCCCAAUAUAGAUGAAAUCAAUUUUGCUUACGAAUUUAUCAAUGAUUUCCUCUAUGCAGAAUUAUCAUUGUUGAACAAUACAGAUUUGAAAUUAUCGAAACAUGAACGACGACGAUCACUUACCAUUCUUCAUAGUAUAGCUUUGGGAUGUUUUCGUAUCAUACCACGUAUUGAAAGUAAAGAAAUACAAGAAUUAUCUCAUUCAAUGAUAACUUACGAUUCACAAUCUCAAAGUCGAUAUUCAAUCUAUUAUCAAAAUUUGAAAAUAGAAUUUCAUGAAAAUUUACGAAUGCGUUUACUUCUCGAUAUUGGCAAAUUACUUGAUAAACUCAUUGAAAAUCAACCAAAUGAUGUUAUAUCAAUACGAGAAGCUCUUUCUAUUUGUAUACUAUCAUCCGAGUAUUAUGGAGUGUUUGCUCGUGAUCUCGAUGAAAAACGUCAAGAAAUUCAAUCUAUAACAGAAAUAGUUUACAAUCCAAUUCUUGGUAGACGAGAUUUUCCACGAUUUUUAACUAUUAAACAAAUCGAAUUAAAAAUCGAAGAAUUUGAAUUGAAUAAUUUUCGUUUAUUAACUGAAAUUGACAAACAAAUUGGAUUUAAAUUAUUUGAUUUAUCGAUCAGUCGAUAUCGAGAAAUUCGUUGUAAAGCACAGGAUGAAUUGUUUCAUUUUAUGGAACAUUUUAAUUCAUCAUGGACAAUAUUUAUUGAUCGUAUUACUGAACAACUAAAUACAUCCGAUGAUAUUAUUAAUCAUCAUCAAAUUAAGGGUUGUCUGUAUAUUCUUCUUGGUAAUGAAAAUUUUUUCUUAUUAAACAGAUAUUCAUGGACAAUGUUGAAUAAUAUAUUGCCAUUAAUUAUUCGUCGAAAUCAUACAAAUCGACUUAGUAUCCUAAAUUUAAUUGAGCGUAUUCGACAAAAGAUUGAAGCUGAAUUUACAACACAAAUACUCAUUCCUAGUAUUGAUCAACAAGCUGAAUGUGCAGCGAUUGAACUAUGGCAUCCAUUAGAAAUCAACGAAAUAGAACUUAGUAAACAAAUAUGUAAACAACGUCGUGAAAUCAAUCUUGUCUCAUAUUAUCAUUUAAUUGAUACACUUCAUUCAUUGCUUCGAGAUAAAACUUUAUCAUGGGGACAAGAAAAGAUUGCCAUGUCAUUCCUAUGUCUACUUCUUCGAAAAGAAAUAAAACUAUCACCAGCAUAUAUUGACAUAUGUAUUCAUUUUCUCAUUCAUGAUAAUGCAGAAUUACGACAGUAUGCAUUCAAAACUGUUACAGCAAUUUGUCAUUUACAAAAACCACCUCGAAUAUACGUUGAAAAAUCAAUUGACGAAAUCGUACACAAUGCAGGUCAAUCAUCAGUAGAGAUCAACAAUGAUAAACGACAGGUAGGCGCACGUGAUGAUAAUUUAUGGAUAACAUUCAAUGAUUAUGAACCACCGACAACACAAAGUGAAUGGGAACAAACAUGCUUUUUAAAUAAAGUUUAUUAUGGAUAUUAUCAAUGGCCAAAGAAAAUCAAAUAUGCAAUCAAUAGCCGAGAACGUUAUACUUCUAAUCAAAUGCCAAAACAAGUAUCAAUCAUUUUCGAUCGAUUUAAAGAUAAAAAUUUCAUAACUCGAUUGAUAAAAGUCAAUGUUAGUAGUGAAAAUACGAAAAGAUUCGACAAAAAUCGAUUUUCAAUGUUUAAAAGUCUCUUUCGUAAUUUUGGUCUUGCAUUAAUCGAUAAUUUUAUCGAACAAUUGUUUGUACUCAUUCGUAGAAAGACUCAAAUGAAACAAGAACAUCAAUUAGCAGCUGAAAUUGUCGCUGGUAUGAUUCGUGGUUCAAAAUAUUGGACAUUAGACGCCCUUGAUCAACUUUGGCAAAAACUGACGCCAUUUCUCAAUGAAGUUUGUGCCAAUCUCAAUCCUGAUUUAUUCGUUUAUUGGGGUUCCUGCUUUCAAUUUAGCUUGGAAAAUCAAGAUCCUCGUCGAAUGUUUCAUUCAAUAAAUUUCCUUCUUGGACUGAUUGAUAAUCAAACAUGGGUGAAUACAUUCAAUGAAGCAUCUCGUUGGUAUUUAGUUCAAAGUUUAGCCGUUUUUCAAUGGCGUAUUCCAUCUGUUUGGUGUACCAUCUAUGAACGAGCCAAAGAACUAAUUGAUCAUCCAUCUAAAUUGAUACGACAAUUGAUCACUAUUAUAUUACCAUUAACACUACAAUUUGAUUUGACAUUAUUUGGAGAAAAAUCAACAUGUUAUCCUACUUUUAAACAAUUGAUUGAUGAUGUACGUGAAAGAUUAGAUCGAGCUAUAGUAAUUUGUGGAAGCAAAUCACGAUUUAAUCAUGCUGCCGAAACUGGUGUACUUGACAAUGAAGUUCAGCAAGCAUUGAAUUUAAUUCAAUCAGUCGUUGCAAUACAAGGACAAUUAUUUGCUUUAUGUCAUCAACCAAUAAGAGACACUACUCUUCAAAUGUUUUCCUAUUGGCAAGCACGUUUAGCAGCUAUGGAAUUUGUUCAAUAUUUUGUAUUCUGUAAUUUAUUUAAUAUUCGUUCAUAUGUUCGACGAUUACAUAAACUUGUAUUUACAUGUUUAUUCGAUGAACGAUUGGAAAUACGUUCAAUAGCAUCAAUGACACUCUCAGGUUUCUAUCAAUGUGGUUAUAUUCCAGUAACUGAUACAGAUCUGAAACAUUUUCGAUUGAUGAGUAAAACAGCGUAUCGUAUGAUUGUCAACGGUGAGAAAGUUAUAUCUCCCAAGGAUAUUGUUAAAAGACAUGGUGGAAUUUUGGGUUUGUGUGCCAUUGUUCAAGCAAAUCCUUACGAUAUUCCAGUUUAUAUACCAGGUACAUUAAUGAUUCUCUGUGAACAUUCACAUGAUCCACAUCUGAUACAACGAUCUAUAAAACAAUGUUUGUCGGAAUUUCGUCGUACUCAUCAUGAUUCAUGGCAUGAACAUCGAAUGAAAUUCACCGGUGAUCAACUUGGAAUUUUAGUCGAUGUACUUAUUUCGCAUAACUAUUAUGUGUGA